UCAGUCUGUACUCCUCUAUCUUCGGCAUGCUGCAGCUACUGUGUCUGAUGACGACUCCUGUGAUUGGUCAGAUUAUGGACUGGAAGUUGAAGGACUGUGAAGAUGGAGAGGAGGAGAAGGGACCAGCCAGCAAGGAUCAGCCCAAGCGCAAAGACAGACAGAUCCAGAAGGUGACCAAUGCCAUGCGAGCAUUCAUCCUGACCAACGUCCUAUUGGUGGGAUUUGGCAUCACCUGUCUGGUGCCCAACCUCCCUCUGCAGAUCUUGUCAUUUGUCCUCCACACUGUUGUGAGAGGGUUCAUCCACUCUGCUACCGGAGGUCUCUAUGCUGCUGUGUACCCGUCGUCUCAGUUUGGCAGUCUGACGGGGAUGCAGUCUCUGGUGUCUGCUCUGUUUGCUCUGUUCCAGCAGCCGCUCUUCAUGGCCAUGAUGGGCCCUCUGAAGGGAGACCCACUCUGGGUGAAUGUAGGCCUGUUGGGGGUCAGUAUGCUGGGCUUCCUGCUGCCUCUGUACCUGGUGUGUUUCAGACGCACGCUGCACCGCCAGAUACAGGACAGAGACCAGGACUCCAAGAUAUACCUCAAGAUCCACGGGUCUGGCAAACCUGAAGGCCUCCUUUAGA